CGUGUACGUUUUGCCAAUACACGGUUAUAGGUGUGUUAUAAUUUUGAACUGCUUAUCAAUAUUAUUAGAAAACAGCCUUGAUAGCUGAGUAUUUAAGGAUUUACCAUCAACCAAUUAGUUUGAAUGUAGUUAAGGAAAUGCGGAUAGAAUAAAGCAGCAAUGGAAAAUGCGGUAUUAUUCGGUCAUAAAGCUGAUAAUCACAAAACUCAAAGUGGAGCUGCAGAUAAAAGGCUAAAAAAUGAGACAUUAGAAACAAUGGACGGUAUUGUUGGUUGUACUGGUGCAGGAGGAAGUAAUCGUAGCGGAAAGAGAUAUCAAAACUCUCGCACCAUAGCCAAACGAAAAGAUAAUAACCAAAAACAAUACAAUGAGGCUCUCACUAUGGGAUUAAAUUCACAAGAAUUAAAUAAACAAUUGCAGGCAAACCUGCCGGAAGAUAUGAGAAUUUCAAAACUAUUGCGAAGACUUUGUCAAGAAAAUGACACCAAGCUGUGCCUUGAUCUUUGCAAUAAACUUGGUAUAGUCAUCUUAGAACCGUGCAAUGCAUCGUAUAUUCGGAAAUCAUUCGAUAUUUUGGCAGAUGGAAUCAUUUCUGUUAUGGAAAAUGGCCCAAGAGAUUGUCUUGAUGCUGCCGCAGAGGUGUUUGGAAUGAUGGGUUAUGUGGCUAGGCAUGACUUCUCAUCAUAUCGGGCAUGGAUUGUAAAGUACUACAAAUAUUCGCGAAAAAUGAAACGUGCUAUGAUGAAGGCACUUAAGAAAACAAUCACUUUGGAUACGAAUGGGGAUCUGAAGGAUUCAGCAGGUCGAACGAUUGAUUUACUGAAAGAUUAUUUAGAAACUGCUGAAGCCGAUUGUUUUAUAGUUAUAACCGAUGUUAUUGUUGAAAUUUGUACGAAGUAUCCAAAACAUUUCAAAGCUAAUUUUACCGAUAUUGUGGACAUUGUAGUCGGGUGGCAUUUGGAAACAGAUCAAACUAACGAUGUGAAACAGCAUUGCUCUAAGGUGCUACAGUCAUUCAAAGUGUUCUGGAAUGAAGAUUUAGAAUUCACACUAAAUUUACUAAGCCAGUUUGUCGAAGACAUCGGAGUCUGUUGCGAAGAAUUAGAAAGUGCAGAAGGCGCAAGUCACAUUUCAUCUUCUGCUAUUUCAUUCAGCUCACUUCUAGAUGCUUUCAAUACAGUUAUCAAGUGUUUGCUUCUAUCUCCAGAAGGUCUACUGCAGUCAGUUGGUAGGGAAAUGAUAGAUACAAGUUUUCAACUUAUUAUCAAGGCAAGCACGGUAAUAACAAAACAGCACUGUCUGGAAGAAGUGUUGCUACCAAUCAACGAAUGUAUGAUUAUAUUACUGAUGUUGGAACCAUGUGCUGUUUCCGUUGAUAACAGAAGUAUAUUAAUUGUGAUUCAGUACGAAAUCGAUAUCGCUGAAACAUUAAAUCAUAAUCAGAUAUGCAGUCUGUUGCUGCUACUACUAAGAUAUACAGAGUUUAAAGCAUCCAACCUGUGCACCGAAUUUCUUCACAUUGUUUGGAACUUGGAAUCCUCGCUCUUGAAACUCCGAUACCAUCGGAAUCGUGAAAUUCAGGAUGGUUUACUGAAGCUGUAUCAUCGUAUUCUGGCUAUAAAGAAUGUCAACACAUUGCAAAAAGCAUAUACAUAUAUUUUGGAUGAUUUGUCUGAAGCGAUGAACUUGAUCCGGAACAAUGAUACCGUAACAGAAACGCAACUUAUGAAGGCACAGUAUGCAAUCAAUUUUGAUUUACUGACGCUGUCCACACUUGCUAUGGCUAACAAUUCCAUUUUGGUUAUGUGGACACUGCAGCCGAGCAUACUGGUAGUACUGUUGGAUAAAUUGUGCUUACUUGACUCUGCAUUGUGGAUAAAAUUCCAAAGCCUUCAUUUGUCUAUCCUCCGAGUUGCUUAUCAGCACAGCAUAAAAAAUAGCAAUUUUAUUUCAUCGAGUGCUCUACUACGGUCUAAAAAUUACACCGUCGUAGAUUCAUUUCAUCGUCUUAGUCUAGAACCAACUUCAACGUCAACGGCGAGUCCAACAGCAGAACAUUUCAGAUUGAUUAUUGAAUUUCUUGAGCAGAUUUUAUCAAAUGAGUCUCCGUUACAUCACGUUGAAUUAUUAUUGGACUGGUGCCAGGCAGUAAUAGGACAGGCUUCACAGUACUACGAUGUGUUACUUGACAACAACAAUUUCAACGCAAUACUUACGAAAGUUUGUGAUAUUAGCAUGCGAUCGAACCAAACUAUUACAUUAAAAUGUGCUGAUUGUCUAGAUCUGGCUUGUUCAUACAAACUUUUGUCUUCAGCAGUCUAUCAAAGUAUUGCUGAAGUGUGUUGUGUUCAUAUGUGUUCAACGAGUACUAAAAUUCGUGAAAUAUUCUCAUAUAUUCUGGCCAAAUUGCCUCUGCGUUACACUCUGAAACAGGUUAGCCAAUUCAGCGGAAACAAUGAGUAUCGAAGUCAGCGAAUCUACGAACUCCAAAGUUGGUAUGUGGCAACAGAAAAAACUGGCGAUAUAAGAUCACAUUAUUUUCGAGCAUUCAUCGACCAGAUUUGCUUCAAAAGAGACUUGGAAGAUACUGAUGAUUUUCUCAAAGAGGUUUUCAUCAAAUCGUGGUUUGUAGACAGAGGAAAAAACCAAAGAUAUGCUGAAAUGGCACUAGCCGAUUUACGUUGCUUGAUUCCAUGGGUUCAAUGGGAGGCUGCUCACUUUUGCGUGAAUAACAAACUUCGUACACCUAUCGGAAAACCACAAGAGACGUUUCUAAAGAUUGAAUCAAUAAUCAAAGAAGAUGCUCGGGUGCUAGCCCUUAAAGAACAAUCCACUGUUAAAAACCUUAGUGCUUCGAUGGGCAAUCAACGGCGCGCUCGUAUCUUACUAGGGUUCUUAGAGGCGUUGGAAAAAGCGAUAUAUAAUGCUGCAGAAGGGACAGCAUUUGCUAUGCCCAAUCCGGAAAAACCGGCACGUACAUUUUUCCGGGUUAACUCUACUACUUGCGCCGAAUGGUUUAAUCGUAUUCGAACUGCAGUUGAUUUAGUCGCGCUGCAUUGUAUGGAACCAGAAAUGGUUAUUCGAUAUUCGGAAGCAGUGCUACGAGAACUUGUUGCAGUUAAAAAAAUAAGUGACCCUAUCUUCGAACAUACGCUUAUGUCGUUGGUGUGGGCUUUACUACGUAACUGGGAAAGUGACGCAUUAUACGGCGUUUAUGUAUGGGCGAAAAAGAUUACCGGCAAAAAAUACUUCUGGAUCAAAAUGGCAGCAGAGGAGGCAGCUGGUCAUCGUGAGACAGCAGUCGAAGGUUUUAUGACCAUACUAUCUGAUCCGGAAUCUAUAAACUUAGAUCGACAUAUCCGUGACUUUAUUGUUGAUCAGAUUACAUUGUCUUUGAUAUUUACCACGCGUCUUCCCGAGUUGCAUGACUUCCUCAUUUCCGAGGAAACUAACGGGAUACAGCGAGCGACGAUACCACUGAUAACGCUCACAUCUAAACAGGUAUUAUCGUGGAUGGAAUACGAAAAAACCAAGGACAAGAAUGCAAUCGACAUGUCAGAUUGGGAGCUCGCUGAUUUCGGAACAGACAUACCGAACAACUUUUCUUGCCAUAAAAUUUUUUGUGAUACAGAAAACAGUAUCGUAUCCAUCAUCAUGGAGCCUGACUCCCCAGAGAGGGAAGAACGACUGCGUGUGUGUAAUGAGAUCAUACAUAGCGGGUUGCAAGAAUGUCUUCUGACUAAAUCGAAGGAAUAUCUGUUUCAGUUGACAAUCACCAAUCACAUUGCAUAUAUUGCAAAAAUGAACCAGUGUACACCGGACGAUUUAAAAUCGAUCCGAGUUGAUAAAAGAUAUGGCUCCCUCACGAUGAUGAGGGUUCUUUCUUGGUCAGAAUUUCUCGACGAUAGCAAAAACUGUCAGCAGCAUAAUAUUGAGAUGAGGUUGGAUCUGGUAUCGGUUGCAAGGAAAGAAAAUAACUAUAGUUUGUGUCAGCGGGAACUAGAAGCCUUCUACAGAAGUUCCAGUCUGUCUAAAGUGUUUGACACAGAACAACAGAUCACAGUUGAUAAUGUAAAGAAUUGGCUAAUGAAUACAGCCCAAGAAUACGUUUGGGAAGAUUGUGUUUCUCGUGCUGUGUAUGAGCAGUGCAAAUGGCUAUACUGUCAAUCAAAUGGAAAACUUGAUGCAAUUCAAUUUGCGGCCGUUGCUGCCAUCGGAAUCGACAAUCAACUAGUUGGCAUAAAUAAUGAAGUGUCACAUAAUUUGCGCGAUAGAGAAGCGCGGUUUAUGCUUACCAUAGCCGAUUGGGUACAGAAUGAAGACAUUAAGAUUUUGCAAACAGAAAGUAACUCGCCCUUGGUAAGGUUGAUCAAUCUACUCCCAGAUAUAAAACCAACGCCGGAUACACGGAUGGUAUCUAUUUUCAAUUCUAUGGAUAUUGCUGUUGGUAAGUUACUUCAGGCAAGUGUACAACGAUGUCCGCAAUUGGCCAAAGCUUGGUGUCAGUUAGGAUCUUGGUGUUACCGUUGGGGAAAGAAAAUGGUAGAAUUCAAUACGGAAGGUAACACGGUUCAUCGUAUUAAUUUGGAAGAGAUUCGAAAAAUUCUACCAGUCACUUCACCGGAUGAUCUUGAAAAAAUUGUACUUAUUCUUAAUCAACACGAAGUAGGUGCCGAAGAAGAAGAAAUUGGAUUAAAUGAAACAAGUUCCACUGAUUUGCUUGAAUUGCUAUUAUCAACGGUACCGGAUUUAAGUCACUGUUCGCCAGAGAAGCUUCAAUCAAUAGUGGAAAUUUGGCGUCAAACACAUCGUACAAUUUAUGGAUAUUACGAGGCAGCAGCUGCUGCAUACUUUCGCUAUUUGCAACUAUCUACUUCGAUCGAAAUGGAAAGUGACAAUGGUAGUUCCUCCACUGUGACAGCAACACUUCGUUUGUUGCGAUUGAUUGUUAAGCAUGCUCUUGGUCUAAAAGAAGUCCUGGAAGAAGGACUUGCUGCCACUCCUACAAAUCCUUGGCGCGUUAUCACUCCGCAGUUGUUCUCACGCUUGAAUCACCACGAACCAUAUGUACGAAAGCGCGUAUCAGAAUUACUCUGUAGGGUAGCUAAAGAUUCUCCUGAUUUAAUUAUCUUCCCCGCGGUCGUAGGCUCCGUGCAAGAGAAAAAAAUGGAUAUUGCCGAGGUGUCAAUAGAACAAAUAGGAACUGGAGUCAAAGUUGACCAGCCUGUUGAUACUUCUGGUUUAGCAAUAUGUUUCAACGCAUUAUUAGAUAUUCUAUCCAAGGAUGCUCCGGAAACUGUUAAGCAAGUACAGGUUCUUGUCCAUGAACUCAGAAGAAUUUCCUUAUUAUGGGAUGAGCUUUGGGUUAUUUCAUUGCAACAAAUCUAUUCUGAGUAUGCUAAACGAUUUACGAGUUUCGAAAAUGAAUUGCAAAAAAUAUCAGAAAAUGGUCAACUGGAUAAUAAAAAGGGCCUGUUAGUCGAAAAGUACAAACUUCUUUUGAGACCACUCGUGUUCGUAUUAGAGCAAUUGUACGAAAUGACAUCUAGACCGUCGCAAACUGCUCAUGAAAAGAGUUUUCAAGAACGUUAUUUGAAGUACAUCAGUGCAACGAUUGAGAAACUAAAAGAGCCGUUGGAUGUAAAGAAACCAACCGACGGUUGGAUUCGUUUUAAAACUCUUUUCGCACAGAUGCAACAACGCAGCCAAAAACGAAUCGCAUUUUCAUUGCGGAUUUCCGAAAUAAGCCCUGUGCUUUCGAAACUGUCUAAUACAGCUAUCUCCAUGCCCGGAAUAGAUAGCACUAACAAGCAAAUUUUUAUCCGUUCGGUUGAUAAUUUGGUGCAGAUACUACCGACCAAGACAAAACCUAAAAAAAUGAUGUUUUACGGUAGUAACGGUCGUCGAUAUAGUUACCUAUUUAAAGGGUUAGAAGAUCUUCACCUGGACGAACGAAUAAUGCAAUUUUUGUCGAUUGCCAACUUGAUGAUGACCAAAUCGAUCGAUUGUAAUGGUAAUAUAACUUAUUAUCGGGCCGAGCACUACUCUGUCAUACCACUUGGACCACGAUCGGGGUUGAUCAACUGGGUGGACAACACAGUCCCAAUAUUUUCUCUUUAUAAGAAAUGGCAACAACGAGAGACACUUCAUAAAAAGGACAAACCGGGAGCAACCAGUCGUCCAUCGGAACUCUAUUAUCAGAAACUGAACCCUUUGCUACAGAAACAUGGUCUAAAAUCGUCUGAUAAUCGGAAGGAUUGGCCAGUGCAAGCUUUGAAACAAGUGUUGACCGAGCUCCAGAGUGAAACACCUCGUGAUCUUUUAGCUAAAGAAUUGUGGUGUCAUAGCGCAACGGCCGCUGCCUGGCGUCAGGUGGUGCGCAACUAUUCGCUAUCAGUUGCAGUGAUGAGUGUCAUCGGAUAUAUUAUCGGUCUCGGAGAUCGUCAUUUAGACAACGUGCUAGUCAAGUUAGCCUCGGGUGAAAUUGUGCAUAUCGAUUACAAUGUGUGCUUCGAGAAGGGUAAGACACUUCGUGUACCGGAGAAGGUGCCAUUUCGAAUGACUCCUAACUUGGAAGAAGCACUGGGAGUUACCGGAAUAGAGGGCACUUUCCGGCUGGCAUGUGAACAUGUGCUUAAGUCACUUAAAAAAGGACGUGAAACAUUGCUGACACUUUUGGAAGCCUUUGUGUACGACCCUCUGGUGGACUGGGCAGUCAGUGAGGAUGUUGGUGCUGCAGGAUUCGCCGUAUCAACGUACGGAAAUCGAGAAGGGUUCCAUAAUGAUCUUCAUCACGCGAAGAAGCAACUGGAGCGUGAGGUCAACCGGGACACGUUGGCAAUACGAUUCUCGGAGGUCAAGUCAGAAUGGAGUCAUAAUCGUGAUGAUAUCUAUCAGCAACUUUUACUGAUGCAGACAUUUUUACUUGAACUUCAGACAAGUCGCCAGGAAUUGAGUGUAGCUGAAGGACAGCGUGAUUCAUUAUCUCGACAAAUCCAAGUGAUCCGAGAAGCGGAAUCAUUAGAUUCGGCCAUCGCAAGCCAUCCGUUGAACACUCUUUCGCAGCGGUAUAGUGUGUAUAAAAAAAUCAUUGAUGAACAUGAGUCCGUAAGAAGCAUCCUAAUGAGUAAAGUUUCCGAAAGUGAAAAGCAAAUUGAAGAUUAUAUGAGCUUCUGGAAGGAUUACGAAUCCGGCAAACUGCAAGAAUAUAUGCAGGGAGUUGAAGUCCACGUGGAAGACUGUUCUGACUCUGAGUUUGAUCAAGUAUGUGAAUUUUUAGAAAGCUCAAAUCUUCAUGACAUUUAUGUGAAUUCUAAUGCAUGUCGACACGAAUUAAACGAUUACACUUUUCGGUCAGCAUUACUAGUUAAGCACGCGUUGGAAACGCUGAGUCAUUAUGGUACGAUAGUAAGCUAUUAUCCCAGUGAUUGCAUACAAGAUCAUUGGAAUUUCAGAUAUUCCGUUUUGUAUAGGAAAUUGAUGGAUGAAAACUCCCAACAAUCGUGUCUGGAGGUAACUCGUCUUCAUCAGCAAUACAAAACGAGAAAUAGAAAAAUAUCAUCUAGCCAGCAAAUUCUAUCGUUCUCAUAUCAACUCUCAAACCUGAUAUCUGAUAAUACAUUCAGACUAGCGGAAUUGGUCACUUAUCACACGCAAGAAACAAUCGAAAGUAAUGUUCCAAUAGAUCAACUGUAUGAAGCUAGUUUAGCGACCUUGAAUGCAAUCGCAUUCGGAGAUACCAAUGCACGUCAAACCUUGACAUGUGCCGCUCUCAAACUAUGCUUAGAUUUGAGCCAAAAUUAUCUGCUGUUAGAACAAACAGCUUCAACAGCAGGAGAUGCAUUGGUUGAUUUGCAACUCAACGAUAGCUGGUUUUUAACAGAACUGUACAUAACAUCAGCACAAUUGAAAACGCUCUGUGAUGUUUUUUUCCCAAUGGAUUCGUCAUUGGCCCUUGAUGAUAACUUUUCCGUUGGUUCAAGCUGCCUUUCCAUUUGUGUCAGCAUGUACGAAUAUUUAAACAGUAUGAAUGAAUGCAUCACGCAAAGCCUGUUGACUGAAACUAUGAAAGGCAUAAUAUCAGAAAACCCUAGCGUCAUCGAAAUGAUAUCUGCUGUUUCAAAUCUUCAAACUGAUUUAUAUUCUCUGCCUCAGUUACUGGAGAAUUUGAACAUACAUCUACAGUGCGUAGCAAUGAACAUACCAUCCACACAAAAUAUUGCUCUGGACGCAGUACAAGAUUUGAAACGAAAAGUAACGAAAUUAGGUGAAAGGUACCUGAAGGAGAAUCAUACCGAGGGAGCGAAAUUGUAUUUCAAGUUGCAUUCGCUGUUUGACGAGCUUUUACUGAAACAAAACGACUUAUUAGUUAUAGUGUAUGACGGUGUAUUAAAACUUUAUGAGAGUGACCUUUUCGAUCAGAUCAAGGAUUCAAAAGAUUUGGCUGCACUGAUUUUCAACAAAUCCACAAAUGAUGUACUGGAAGCAAUUUUUGUUGUGAAGCGUGUGCAAGCAAUCAUUCACUUCUUUACCUCUUGCCUACAGAUGGCGUGCUCUUUCAAAGGCUCGAACCAUGCAGCAUCAUUCAAUGAUUCCUCAUUGGUCAGACCCAUUCGGAAAUUUAUAUCAGAUUUCGUCUGUCAAUCAAUGCUAGGUAUAGGCUCAACGGCAAUGGGAAUGAUGAUUUAUGGCAUCAGUCAGAGUUUAUAUCCCCGUAGUGAGGACGAUGUUUGCAUACUUCAACAAAUUGCCUGUAAAGAUCGGUUGUCUUUGAAUGAACUAUGCAAUAUAAGCAUAGAGCAAACAAUCAAUAAAGCCAAUAUAAGUGAGCUAGAAUUCAACCAGGUGAAUAGUACUUGUUUGCAUUUGAGCUUCACUUGGAGAAAGAUGAUGAGAAUAAAAUUACUUUCUGAACGAAUUGUAGCUGAACAAAUUUCUUUGAGUAGACUUCAAGCAAUGUUCGUAGCCCAUAGUUGGCUACAUGAGAUAUCAGCGAUUGGUUGUACAACGAACGUUUCACAGAAUGAUUUGACUCCUUAUGCGAACCGAUCCACGAUCACUAUGCAGUUGCAAAGUUUUGUUGAAAAACUUAGAACUACUAAACUGAAGAUGCAGAAACUUCGCGACGAAAUUCUUAGCAACACAAACGCCAUUCUGCAUCGAUUGAAGUGGGCAGUCGGAGCUAAUCCUGAUUUAGGUUAUUUAUUUAGUUCUUUUGAGCAAUCAUCAUUACAAAAACGAGACUAUUUGGACGAGCGGAUGUUGUAUUUAGACAUAGCCCUGAAGCACUGCUGCUCGGUUCUGGGUCAUGAAAUCGUUUAUGCUCAACCCGAUCUGGAACAAGAUAAAGCAUUUGUUGAGUUGGUUGAGCGUUUCAAAAAAGUAUGCGUCAAACUACAUUCAUGCUCGACCAUGGUUAAUAAAACAGAAAUUGCUUUGGUUGAAUUACUUGAUCCGGAAGGACAAAUAGAUCACAUUUGGUUGAGCAAUGUAAAGGCUUUGAUUGACGAUAUGAUUGGCCAAAUACAGAGCAAAAUUGCCCGCAUGGAAAAAGAAGUUCAAAACGCGCAAGAAAAUUUACACAUGAGCGCUCACAAACUGCGAUUGUUAGUCAGUGCACAUCAUCUGCUUGCUUCGGACAUUAGAAACCUGUUGAAAAUUAAGUUAAAGAUGCAGUCGUCUCCGGUAUUGCGAGAGUAUCUGCAAAAAUACAAAGCUUUCUUGGACACAAUUUCUGAGCUUCAUUCAAAUGUUUUGAGUAAAGAUUUCACUAACAAACUAGUGCAACAUGCCGUUGAUCUGGUGCAGAGUACGUUACCGAGCGUUCACAAGAUUUUCGAUCAGUUAUUCGCUUUCGAACAGGAUAUUGAUACGGAAGAUGGUGGAAGCAUAAUGACUGAUCAUGAAGGCGGGGAUAAACUAAGUGUAGAAAUGAUCGAUUCACCAGUUAAGAAAUAUUCCAACUACAAGCGAAUGGAUAAAGUGCAACAAAAUCAGAAAGAACAGAAACGAAACGCCUAUGCUGUAUCAGUUUGGCGUCGCAUCAGAAUGAAACUUGAAGGUAGAGAUCCCGAUCCAAACCGCCGCUGUACUGCGCAGGAACAGGUAGAUUGGAUGAUACGUGAAGCAAUGGACCCGGACAACUUAGCCGUGCUUUACGAAGGAUGGACUCCCUGGGUAUGAGUUGACAAUUAACAAUUGAAAUGUGUCGGUAGGUACUCGUAAAAUCUAUAUCGUGAAAAUGCGUGGUUGAUCCUUUCAUACUUCGCGAAAGUAACGAUUUCGAAAACAUCCAGCUGGUAGGCGGCUCACUGUCGGUGCAGGCGAAAUAUCUGCGUGGAAUUGACAGUGGCAGUUCUUCCAUUCAGCGCCAAGCCAGAUAUUGGCUCCGACUGCUGCUGUUCUUCGGCAUCCUCUCACUGUAGUAGUUUUCUAGCAUUUUAACAAAUGGACUCGGAAAAGAAUUGCAAUCAAUCAUACUACAGAGAACGGUCCCAGAAGUCGUUCCUAAAAUUCAUCGUCUAUCAACAGACAAGAAGUGAGAAAUAACUAUCAUUAGUGCAUUUCUAUCUUCCUUCUGUUGUAAUAUGCAAUUGAUUGUAUCUUCUAUCCGUGCUUAAUGCGUUCGCAAUGAUUGUGAGAGUUUGACCAACUGUUUUGAAACAUCAAAGGAAAAUUAACAUUAGUUGACAGUCUAAUAAUAACGCGAUUCUGCUGGUGUGUUUGUUUCCAAAAAAUACAAAGAGGAACGCAUGAGCAUUCCAAUGCAAGGAUAUAUAACCCGCUGUCCAAACCGCUAAUGGAACUAAGACCAGAACUUUUUUUUUUAUUAAUUAUUCUUUUUUCGUGUUAGUAACCUUUGAAUAUUCGGAAUAAUCGGAACAAAUGAAAUAUUUCAUACAUGGUUUGAAUCGAUUUAGUGAAUUUUAAACAAUUUUAACUAUCAAAUAAACAUCGAGUGGUGAUUAUUGGUAAAACUGUUUAUUGGAUCUAUCAUACCUUUUUCUUUUGGUACCAGAUUUCAUGCAGUUAAUAUUCAAUUACAAUAACGAAAAACAUUAUAAAAAUUAAGUUCAAAAUCAUCAUUAAAAAUUUUUCACGAAGUACCCGAAUCUGCAUUUUAGUGACAAAAGGAAGAAGUUUUCGUAAUGCAUCUAGGAAUUGAAAAAUUAAUUACGGAUUUUUUUUUGUGAAAUGUAAGAAAAAUCUUUUAUCUGUCCAAAAAUGCGAAAUACCCUUAUAACAAAAAGCUCCUUCAACAUCAACUGCAUUCAUCGCGUUCUGUCGAGAAAGAAAACAAACAGCACAUAAAUCGUCUUUCUUCAACAUGCUGAACCAGCUUACAAUGUUCAUGGAAAACUGCGUGGUAACGCGUUAGCAUUCUUAUUCAUGUUUCACACUUGUUAUUCAAAUCAUUUAAUUUUCCUCAAUAAUAAUUGCAUCUAAAUCGCAAUCAGGGUGUUCAAUCACUGAGAUGCUACCCUUAUUCCUAAAUUUACUUUAAUAAUUUUCGUUCAAUCUUUCUAUUACGGCAUAAAUAACACUAAUAAAUAUAGGUUACUGAUUCAA